AUGACAUCGCCAGUAGGUAAACGUACAGCACGACCAACACCAUCAUUUGCAAAAGCAAAACGAAGCAGACCUACUGAGAAUGAACCAUCAGUUUUCGUAACACAGCUGGCAUCACUAGCACCGUCGGAUGAUGGUUCGGUAAGAACUACGGUUAACCAAUUUGAAACGAAUUAUAUUUGGGCUCGUCCACCGAUUCCUGAUGAAUUAUAUAUGAGACCGGAAAUCGAUUUUCAAGUUGUCGAUGUUGAUUAUUAUAUGAAUAUUGAAAAUAAUAUUGUCAUUCGUUUAUUCGGAGCUACUGCUAAUCAAAAUUCAAUUUGCGUGCAAGUUCAUGGAUUCCUUCCUUAUUUCUAUGUCUUAUUGGAAAGUCGGUUUGAUGAAGAGCACAUAGAGUAUGCGAAGAAAUACCUGAACGAUAUUGUUAAGGCGCAAGUUCCGGCAAACAUUGGUAUUCCGAAGAACGUUGAGAAUUUAGUCGUUGAUCUCGAUAUUGUACAUGGUGCCAAUGUUUAUGAGUACAAAAAGGAUCUAAAUCAGAAGUUUCUGAAAGUAUAUGUUUGUUCGCCGAAGCUGCUUAAUCUCUGUCGACGAGUGUUUACUAAUGGAGUGAACUUGAUAAAAGGAGGGCAAAUGGAGUCAUUAUCAUGUUUUGAAACAAAUAUUGAUUUCGAAAUUAGAUUUAUGACAGAUCAUAAUUUGGUUGGCUGCGCCUGGGUUACGUUGCCAUCGGAAAAAUAUCUAAUUGUUGAAGGAAAAGAUAUGAUCAGUCGUUGUCAGUUUGAGUGCUCUAUAAACAAUACAGAUCUCGUCAUUCAUUCUCCUGAAUCAUCUCCAAGAUGGUCGUCAAUAGCACCAUUGCGUAUUUUAUCAUUUGAUAUUGAAUGUACGAAUCGACAAGGAAUAUUUCCGGAAGCUCACACGGAUGCUGUUAUACAAAUAGCUAAUAUGGUCAAAAUUGAAGGCGAGAAUGAGCCAUUCAUUCGGAACUGUUUUGUGAUUGGUGAAACUGCUCCAGUCAUUGGCAGUGAAAUUAUUGUUUCUAAAUCAGAAGAGGAAUUGCUUAAUAAAUGGGCAGAAUUUGUGCGUACUGUUGAUCCAGAUCUCAUUACCGGUUAUAAUAUUCAGAAUUUUGAUUUUCCAUAUAUUGUAGAACGCGCUCGAGCACUAAAGAUUGAAAGUCGAGCAACAAUGCUAGGUCGUAUUCCAAAUUCACUUUCAAAAGUGCGAGAAAUGCCUUUAUCAAGUAAACAAAUGGGUAAUAGAACGAAUAAAAUAACAAAUGUUGAAGGACGGGUUGUUUUUGAUGUCAUUCAAGUUGUUUUGCGAGAUUACAAGUUACGAAGUUAUUCACUGAACAGUGUCAGCUACCACUUUUUAUGUGAGCAGAAGGAAGAUGUCGAUUACUCAAUGAUUGCAGACUUGCAGAAUGGAAAUGCUUUUACACGCCGUCGACUAGCUAUUUAUUGUAUGAAAGACGCAUAUUUGCCGCUAAAGUUGCUUCAAAAAUUGAUGUCCAUCAUUAAUUACAUUGAAAUGGCACGCGUUACUGGUGUUCCUCUCGAUUAUCUACUUUCUAGGGGUCAACAGGUCAAAGUCAUGUCACAGAUCUUGCGAAAAGCAAAAUCGCUGCAUUUCUUUUUACCAGUUAUUGAUAUCGUACAAGCUGACGAUACCUACGAAGGUGCAACAGUAAUCGAUCCUAUUCGGGGUUUCUACAACACUCCAAUUGCAACUCUUGAUUUUGCAUCUCUUUAUCCGUCCAUUAUGAUUGCCCAUAAUUUGUGCUAUACUACACUAAUUCGGGGUUCUAAUGCAUCCCAUAAUCUAUCUGACUCUGAUGUCGAAGUGACUCCAUCAAAUAAUCGCUUCGUGAAGUCAAACAUUCGUCGUGGUUUGCUACCUCAAGUUCUGGAAGAUUUGUUGAAUGCCAGAAAACAAGCAAAGAAUGAUCUGAAGAAUGAGCAGGAUCCAUUUCGACGUAUGGUAUUAAACGGUAGACAACUUGCUCUGAAAAUAUCCGCUAACUCAGUUUAUGGUUUUACGGGUGCUUCGGUUGGGAAGUUACCGUGUUUAGAGAUCUCGCAAUCGGUAACAGCGUAUGGUCGUCAAAUGAUUGAUUUAACGAAAAGUGCAGUUGAGCAGAUAUACAAAGAGGGUUACCUGGAUGGCAAAUGUCCAUGUGAUGCUCAGGUUAUUUAUGGUGAUACCGACUCAGUGAUGGUGAAAUUUGGUGUUAAAGACGUCAAAGCAGCGAUGGAACUUGGUUUGCAUGCUGCUACAGAAGUUAGCAAGAAGUUCAUACCUCCAAUUAAGUUAGAGUUUGAAAAGGUUUACUCACCCUUUCUGUUGAUAAAUAAGAAACGCUAUGCUGGUUUAUAUUUUACAAGACCUGAAAAGCAUGACAAAAUUGAUUGCAAAGGAUUAGAAACAGUUCGGCGUGAUAAUUGCCCACUGGUGUCAAAAGUUUUGAGUACAUGUUUAGAAAAAAUGUUGUUGGAAGGUGAUGCUACAAGUGCUCUGGAACAUGCUAAAAAGGUAAUAUCAGAUCUUCUUUGCAAUCGUAUUGAUAUCUCAGAACUCAUAAUCACCAAAGAAUUAACUCGAUCAAGUAAUGCUUAUGCUGCGAAACAAGCGCACGUAGUUUUAGCAGAGAGGAUGCGAGAGCGCGAUUCCGGAUCAGCACCGCGCUUGGGUGACCGCGUACCUUAUGUUAUUGUUGCCAAAGGCCAGAAAGUCCCAGCUUAUGAAAAAGCAGAGGAUCCUAUAUAUGUAUUACAAAAUAAUAUCCCUAUUGAUACAGCCUAUUAUUUGGAAAAUCAAUUGGCCAAACCACUGGCGCGAAUUUUUGAACCUAUCUUGGGUGAUAAAGCUGAAUCAAUUUUAACAACUGGUGUACAUACGCUGGUUAGAACAGUGGUGCAGUCCAAGAAAUCUGGACUGUCACAGUUUUUCCAGAAAACUGAGCGAUGCCUUUCAUGCAAGAGUAGUUUACCAAACGGUGUUAGUGAUGCUACAUGCGCACAUUGCAAACCAAAUGAAGGAAAGGUUUUCAUUACCCAUUUAGCUCUAAUGAAUGCUAUAGAAAACCGUUUUGCACGAUUAUGGACCGAAUGUCAGAAUUGUUCUGGGACAAUGAACGAGGAAGUGCUUUGCUCUGCAAGAGAUUGUCCAAUCUUUUAUAUGCGAGAAAAAGUACGGUAUGAUCUUGCAGAACAGAUGAAAUCUCUUCAGCGAUUUUACCUUUCAACUUGGUGA